CGUCCUGGCUUCCUGUUGGCCUGCACAAGGUCACCCAGAGGACCCGGUACCCAAAUGUUGCAGGCCAAAGGUGUAAAAAACACCAAAAUCCCUGAACGUGUGUUGGUGCGUGCACUUAUUUAUAUAUCUCUGAACGUCCUCCUUCUUUGGGACAUGACAGGUGCCCCCCAGCUCCACCUGUCCAUCCUUUUCCACAGCCACAUGGACAAAUCCAGAAAGGGAUCAGUCAUUCAAGAAAUGGCAUGCUGAAGUGCCACGGGGCCACGGAAGAUCUCUGGAUACCGGAUCAGACGCAGCUGCCCCCCGGCUGCUAUUUUCACUCAGCUUAAAGUACUAUGGGCAGCCAGCAUCUACGCCAUGGACUACCCACAACUACCAGUCUGUCUCUGCACGCCAUGAAGUCCACUGCAGGGGAGCACGAGCAUCACGAUACCCAGAGCUUGCCCUCUGACCCUGAUGAGCUCGACAGUGGCAGCGAAAGCUCGGAGAAAUCCACUGGCACAGGGAGCCCCAUGCAGGGCCACAGGGAGGCGAGGAGAUGCAGAGGGGGUCGUAGACUUGCAGGGGUGAGCAAACAACGUCAGGCAGCUAAUGCUCGGGAGCGAGACCGCACACAUAGUGUCAACACUGCCUUCACGGCUCUGCGUACCCUUAUCCCCACAGAGCCGGCCGACAGGAAGCUGUCAAAAAUCGAGACCCUGCGAUUGGCAUCGAGCUACAUUUCACACUUGGCCAACGUGCUUCUGCUAGGGGAGGACUGCAUGGACGGGCAACCAUGUCUGAAAUAUCAUAACAUCUUACAAAGCAACACCAACCUCAAAACUCCACCGGUUCGACCCAUCUGCACCUUCUGCUUGAGUAACCAGAGGAAAAUGCUUAGAGAUGUGGAAAAGCACACAACUGGGUGACAGCAGAAGUUCUCCCGACUGUCCGCUAC